AUGGAUGCCGUGGAAAGCAGUAAAGUGAGCGAUGGAAUCGACGCACCGCUAUGGAUGUUUUGGAAGCGACGAAGAUACACUGUGGUGGCGAUGGCAUUUCUGGGAUAUUUCAACGUGUAUUCUCUGCGAGUGAAUCUCAGUGUAGCGAUUGUAGCCAUGACCGAGAUUCGCGAAGUGGUUCAUCCCAAUGGAACCGUGGGAUUUGAACGUGACUUCGAUUGGAGUUCAAGUGUUCAAGGGUACGUGUUGAGCUCGUUCUUCUACGGGUACGUUUUCACCCAAGUGCUUGGUGGCUACUUAUCUAACAAGUUUGGCGGUACAAACGUUUUCGGCGUAGGAAUUGGAGCCACGGCCUUUCUGACUCUCCUGACUCCGGUUUUAGCGCGGCAGGGCGCUGGUUGGCUCAUUGCAGUUCGCGUCCUAGAGGGAGCAUUCGAAGGAGUUACGUUUCCUUGUGGACAUGCCAUGUGGUCAGUUUGGGCGCCACCCAGCGAGCGAUCCCGGAUCUCUUCGAUAGCUUUCACUGGAGCAUUCGCCGGUACGGUAGUGGCAAUGACACUAAGUGGAGUGCUGGCAGCAUCGUGGGGCUGGGAAAGCGUAUUCUAUUUCUUCGGAGCUUUGGCUUGUCUGUGGUAUACCGCUUGGUUGCUGAUGGUAAGAAAGUCUCCGGAACAUGACUAUCGGAUGAGCAAACAGGAGAAGGAUUUUAUUAUGGUGACUUCGGGCCGGCAGGAAGAGGAUUCUGAUGGUGUGAAGCAUCCAUGGUUAGCGAUGCUUACUUCCAAGCCUGUCAUAGCUAUGUCAAUUGCAAGUAUCGUAGAGGACUGGGGUUACUACACGCUUUUGACCGGUUUGCCAACGUUUUUGAAAACCGUAUUAAACUUCGACCUUCAAGAAUCCGGUGUCCUGUCAGCUUUACCAUAUCUUGCGAUGGGCGUUCUCCUGAGCUUAUCCGGCUAUCUGGCAGACUGGUUCCAAAUUCGCGGUUACCUCAAUACCACCCAAGUGCGAAAGUACUUUACCUGUGGUGCCUUCCUAGGUCAGCUCGUAUGUAUGAUGGUCGGUGCCUUAGUCCUGAGUCCCACUCCGACGAUCCUCUGUGUAACGAUCGCCGUUGGAUUGGGAGGUGUCGCAUGGUGCGGUUACCUGCUGAACCCGCUAGAUCUGUCUCCCAUAAGCUCAGGAGUACUCAUGGGAAUCUCCAACGGGUUUGCUGCCAUUUCCGGAGUUAUUAGUCCCAUCGUCACCGGAUACGUCACCACCAACAACACCGAAGAUGAAUGGAGGAUAGUGUUCUACAUAGCAGUUGGAAUGUACAUCAUCGGAACCCUUGUGUACUGGUUCUGGGCUUCCGGUGAACUCCAACCCUGGUCAAUUGAAGCGACUCAACAACUAUGCCAACCACCCAAUGAAUCUAAUCACACGAAAUCGAUAGACAGUAAACAAGUAUGAAAUUCAUUCACUAUUAAUUUGUCUUGUGAACAAUCCCAUCUGACAUUCCACAUCAGAUCUAGAAAAUAUUUAAUCCCUCACUGUCUGCACUGUGAGAUCAGAUCGAUCUGUCACC